AUGUAUCAAUUCUAUACAGAUACUAUAGAAAACCCAGUAAGUCUCACGAAGUAUAAAAACGUCUUUUAUUCAAAGUUUAAUUUACAGUUUAAGACACCACAUAAGGAUACAUGUCGAAUGUGUGAUACGUACAAAGCCCAAAUAAGUUCUGCACAGGCUACACACAAAGGAAAUCUAGGAAGAAAUCACAGGGAACAUCUUGAAAUUUCAAAUGAAUUAAGGAAUGAAAUGAAGGUUGAUUUAAUAUGCGCGCAACAGGAUGAAACACUGGAGACCCUGACUUUUAAUCUCCAAAAAACUCAUCCUUUACCAAAAAUACCGACUGAAGUCGCAUAG